AUGAUAGGCACCCACAAAGCGAUCGAGUUAUUUAGCAGUAGUGACGUGUCCUCGUCCAGCGACUCGGGGCCACGUGGCCCACUCCAACGAAGACAAGACAGUUCUAGCAGCAGCGAGGAAAAGGCGCAUUUUAAAGCCUCCAAACGUCACCGGAAGCGCUCCUUACAUGAUAUAAGAAUAAAAAGGAAACGUAGGAAGACCAAGAAAGAGUCUAGUGAAAGUGAGAGCGGUCAGGAGAGCCAAAGCAACGAGGAAUACGAGAUGAGAGUCGAGCAACUUACUCGCCCUCGUUAUCCGAUUUUGAAACCGACUAAAGUUGCAGCAGCGACAUCUUAUGUUGCCCCAAUAAAUCGACCAAGACAUAAUCGAGAGACGCAGGAGAUCACGGAAGGGAUGAACUUCUAUGAAUUACAAGCCCAAGAGCAAAUGAUGGCGCGCUUUCGAGCACAAAAGCGUAGAAAAGUACCGGUGACCCAGAGACCGGAGCCACGUUCACCCGCAAUAGCUCAUGUUUUUAGUGAAGAUGCCAACCAGGUGUCGGGCAAGGCAAGUCAAUUGAUAGAGAAACUGAGCGGUAAUGCGUCACACGGAAAAAAGCGAAGAAAGAAACAGGUUCACACUCAAAAAGUUCAAAAAUCGGUUCACUUAGAACGCGUAUCGAAGAAACGACAUGACGGCGAGAGCGAAAAAUACGAGGAGAGUGAGGAAGAGGAAUGGCACAGAUUUACGGAAAAAUCAGCGCAACGGGAAUAUUUGCGGAAGCAGAAGCAUAAUUUGCAAAGUGUGGAUGCAGGGAUGGUGGGAAACAACCUGGAAAAAGUGUACAAGGAGGUAUCUCGAAAAAGUAGUGAUCCUCCCAAGCCAGGUCGUAAGCAGCGAGUAGCUCGAAAAAUAGCUUGUACUAAGCAGCCUGCUCUGCAAACUGCGAAACGCAAAAUAAGACAGCGAGUCGGGCCACUAACGCCACGAAAUAGUUUAAGUGAAGUGGAGAGUGAACAGGGGAGUGAAGAGCAAAGCGAAGAGGAAAGCGAAGACGACGAGGUUGAGCUGGUCACACUGCCGGUGCCCCGGCGUCAAGAAACGGUAAAGUUGCGCAAGAAAGCCACCUCUAAACGGUCCGUGUCGGAUUUUUCAAAACAGCGAUUAGAUGGAAAAUUGCUAGCUGCUUUGCAGUCCCAAAGUAAUGAUCCACAAGCUUCCUCGAGAGCUGUUUUUCGUGGCACAAGUGAAACGCAACAUUUGGCCGAAACAAUGUCUUUACGGGAGCUGCAAGAGCAGGAAAAGCUGUUAUUAUUUUUUCAUGUGCAGAAGAAGCGUAAUUUAUCUGGUGUGGCGUCAACAGUGCGGAAGGGUGAGUAUAAUGCACACAUCACAAACACCAAAGCCAAGACGAAUAGUAGCGGUCGUCGAGCUCGAAUGGGAGUCAACCAGCAGGAAACUCCCGACACUCCCUCGUCAUUUAAAUAUAUCGCUCCAACCUCUCGAAACGGAAUCUUGGAAUCAAGUGCUGCAUUUGUCUCCGCUGCUGGAUGCACAGCAACAAGUGUGGAAAAGCUUACGAAUCCAGUGAUACAUUCGACAGCCUGGCGACGGCUGUUUUUCGAAGAGGCACCACCAAACAUUUUAGACGGCGUAUCGAUUACUCCGUAUAUCUUUGAAUCGGAUCGACCACUCUGGACAUAUGACACAACGGGAGAGCUUAAGGAGAAGAUUGAAUUUGUAGAGGUAAACCCCCUAGGCGUUGUCAUUACAGAUGAUAAGUCUGAGAAUCAGCCGCCAGGUCAGUCAGAGGUCAAUAAACGCGUGCGGGCGUUGGUGGAGCAGGAGUUGCCACAAAUCAAAACGUGCCAUGCACGCAGAGUGCGCCAUACUUUAAAAGAAAUGCGAAAGCAACUAUCCGAAUAUUUAAAAGCCCAUCAAGUGCUGCGUGGUGAACGGUACAGGCGUCUCCGGUGGUCGGAAAUAGCAAGCUAUCAGUCUUGGUUGAGUGUGUCCCCAACCGAGCGUGUUGCGGCCAAACGAGUGUUGCAAAACCCUUCACAUACAGUUCAGUCAUACAAUUAUUUGGUUGGGUACGUGCGCUAUUUUGUCCAACGAGACCAAACACUUUUCGGAUCUUUGGUGUAUCCGGAAACUGUCAUUGAUCUUCCCAAUGACAUCACUGCCAUUCGUCGGUCUUUUACCAUGAUAGGUAUCCGUAAGAAUGCUUUUGUCGAAGAUGAUCCAAUUUUACGGUAUGUGCCUUAUCUAGGCGAUGGAGAGCGUAUGGUCAUUGACAACGAUCUCUACUCAGAAACAACUAUAAGUAACGAACGCCGUAUUGCAGUGUUUGGGGAGGGCAAAGAGCUGAAAACAUUAAACCCUGGCGCUCGAGAUGACGAAAUAAUGGAGUAUCUCUUGCGAGUUAUUGUUGGAAAAUGUGGAGCGUCUGAGAAAGUGUUUCUGGCACUCCAAUACGAAGGAGGGUUUAACCGGCCGCGCAUAGACUAUUGCAGCAUGAGAGAUCUUGCGAAGACAGAGGAACGUGUAGCAAGACGGAUUGUUCAGAUAAAGGAAGUGGUUGCGCUUCAGGAACAAUUAUCCGCAGACGAGUUGGCAAAAAUGUCGGUCGCUGAAAUGAACGCUUCUAAAGCCCUACGCAAACUUGUGCAGCCGCAUUGGUUUCUGCGCAACAAGCCUGAACCCCGAUUAUUAGCCAUCAGACUACAGCCGCCGUUAUCAUUUUUUGAGUCAAGCUACGCAGAUUCUCUAGAGACACUAGGCAUACGCGACAGGCCUACAUAUGAAGGACUAGUUGAGUCGCAUCGAGAUCUAUUAUGCCGGCGCUGUUAUUCUUACGACUGCUUUGAGCAUGGAAUUCAGAAUCCUCAACGAAGCAUUCGUGCGGAUCCGAUUUAUCCGAUGGUAAGUGUACCAGGGGUUGUGCUUGCCCGACAAGAAGUAGUGAUUCAAGAAAGAGAUAUGGGUGCUGAAGAUGGCAGUCUGGAUUCCUUAACGUCACCUGUGGAGGUUGUCGAGCUGAUAGGCAGCUCGUCCUCUGACGAGGAGGAGAGGAAAGGCCAGCAAUCACCUGUGGAUCAGUCUGCUUCGCAAUCUACUACCUUAUAUCGUAGGUCCAGGCGAGCACAUACUCGAAUUAGCUCGUUAGCAAGCAAAAGUCUUCAAACUCAAGAAAAGAUGCUAGAAACAGAACGACUCGCUGAGCUGGAGAAGCGGAAAAAGCGCCGUGAGAAGUUUGCGCGGGCGGCAGAUAAGUCAGAGUAUCUGGACAAAUCAUACCUUCCCGCUGUCACAGCUACAAUUAAAAAGCUGAUGUCUAAGAUAACGUCGUGCGGUCCUUCCUGUUGGCUGUGUGCUGGUGAUACGGAUUUAAGCAAAGUCUACGCACCUCUGAGGCAGGUAGAUUCUGUACUAGUUCAAAAACUUGCAUCUACGCUUGGACCAAAUGCUUGUAUGAUUUCAGCAAUGCUGAAGAGUCCAAAGUGCACGUGCGCACAGAUCUCUAGGUUUUUGGCUGGGGAGAAAAUGCGAAGAGAUAGCGGAGACAAUUUGGAAGCAGAAAAUGAAUCGUUAGUACCAACAGAAAGGCAGCGAGAAGGCCGACGAAGUGCCGGAGUGGGUUCGAACAGGUCUCUGGCGAAGCGUAUUCGUGAACAGCGCAGCUACGACCGCGAGAAAAGAUUGAGCUAUGAACCAUGCAAUCACGCUGGGGUAUGUGAUGAAACAUGUGAGUGCACUAAGCGAGGUCACUCCUGUAACAAGGCUUGCUCCUGUCCGCGCGACUGCCCUAAUCGAUUCCAGGGAUGCAAGUGCACAACUGGCAACUGCCACACUUCGGCAUGCCCGUGCUGGAGUGCUGGACGAGAGUGUGAUCCUGAUUUUUGCUUUAAUUGUGGGGCCAGCGACGCAGCUGUGAUGACGUUUUACCCUGAAUUUAAGUCCCGAAGCAGCUACAAUCUCAGCAUUUGCCACAAUGUGAAUAUGCUACGCGGCAGUAUCCAAAAGAAGAUAGGCAUCGCUUUUUCCGCCACACACGGAUGGGGAGCAUAUGCACUUGAGCCAAUUCGAAAGGAUGAAUUUGUGUUAGAGUAUACCGGUGAGCUGAUCACGGACGACGAGGCAGAACGGCGAGGCGCGCUCUACGAUCGCAAGUGUGUGAGCUACCUGUUUGGCGUGAAUAGCGAUUAUGUAGUUGACGCGGCAAAGAAAGGCAACAAGGCCAAGUUUGCCAAUCAUAGAGCGAAACAGGGGGCAAAUCUGCAUGUGAAGGUUAUCGUUUCUAAUGGGGAGCAUCGGAUCGGGCUGUUCGCUCGAGAGGCAAUCGAGGUAGGCGCUGAGCUGUUUUUCGAUUACGGCUACACACACGACAGCGCUCCGAGGUGGAGUCAGCACGAAAAGCAACAGCCUGAGAAACAGACGUAUGACAUCGUCGACGACGAGAAUGAGUGGGAGUAA